UAUAUAUAUAUAUAUAUAUAUAGAAAAAAAAACGGGAAGAAUUAAACUGGACGAAUAAAAAUGAUUUUCAUACUAUAGAAAACCAUGCUGGUCUAUUGAUUUUGGGCGAUUUCAUCUUGUGCAUUCUGCUUCUUUAAAUUGUCAAAAGCCCAAGGUCAGGCGCAGGCGUCCAUUGUCCCGAUACGGUUGGAUAAUUUUGAAACUGUAUAUUAGUAAUACACUUGAAUAAUAAUUAUUAUUAGUAUUUUUAUAAUUUCACUGUAGGGGAAAAGAAAACAGUUUUUUUACCUACCCAUUUUCAAGAUACAUAUUAAUUUGAAGAAAAUAAGAUCACAUUUACACAUUAAUUAAAUAGCAGAGUAAACAGUCUAAUUUGUUGAAAUAAUAAAAACAUUUUGUGUUUUUCCAGUGUUUGCAAUGGAUGAAGAAGUGUUAUUGUCUCAAUUUCGUCAAAUGGAUAAAGAUGGAAAUGGUACUCUGUCACGAAGAGAAAUAAAAGAAUGUAUGCGAUUAAGUGGAUUUAAUGACAAAUUUAUUGCAGAGUUUAUAGAAACCUUUGAUCUGGAUGGAGAUGGUCAGAUCACUUUAGAAGAAUACAAGGGUGUAUUGAAUAUAAUUCCUAAGGAAGAAAAAGAGUCAGCUGUCUGGCGUACGGUUUUCAACGACAUGGAUAAAGAUAAUUCUGGAAAGAUUUCUGUCUCAGAAGUUGUAAGUUUACUACAAGAAAUGGGCUAUGAUCUACAAACAAGUCAACUCAGUGAUUGGAUGACCCGGAAUAAAAUAAACAAAGAUAAUGGGAUGGAUUACCAACAGUUUUUGAAUUUUAUGCGUCGACCUUAAACUAAUAUCAGUGUACAAUGAAACUCAGUGUCAUAGAAUUUUAUGUUUCUUUUGUGUGUGUUUAUUUAACUGAUGUGUUAAACUGUCAUCUUACUUACAACACUAAGGCAUUUCUGUCCUCCAAAACGUCUUUGUUAAAUAUAUAUAUAUAUAUAAGUUGUCAAUAAAUAGCUACUAUCUAUUUG